ACAUACCAUAACAAGUAAAACGUGAUGUCUUGCAACAGUAAAUGCUGUGGUAAAAAAUACAAUACUAACUGAUCCUAGCCUAGGAGUUUCCUCCAAACGGUGGAGUAGACUGCAGUGAGCACAAAAAGCAGUUUCAAUUGAGGAGUUGAGGACUAUCACUUCGUAUCCAAGAACUACAAAACAAUGCGGUGCUGCGUGCCUUUCUGCGAAAAUACUUCAGACGAUGUGUCGAAAUCUGAAAGAACGGGAAUUACCUUUCAUAUCUUACCCAGUGAAGGUAAUCUCCGUAAUGCGUGGCUCAGAGCCCUCGGCACACAAGACCAUCACCUGCCCGACCCUGCUGUGGUCUGCUCCCAGCACUUUCUAGAAAGCGACUUUUAUAAAACAGAGAGUUGUGUGAGGCAGAUUCACUCUCAUGCUAUUCCUUCAUCAGUGCAGAUGUGCAUGAUAUGCCUGGACACUGACAGCAAGCUGUCUCUAAUGAGCAAACACAAGUUGGAGCAGGCAUAUGAACAGCUGACUGGACUGUCUUUGUUUCAGUUGUGCCGUCGAGGAAAUCUGAAGCAAACACUCUGUGUGCUGUGUGCUCAGAGAUUGAUUAACUUCAGUAGAUUUAGAGACUUGAGCUUGAGAGCCCAUUCACUGAUGACAGACUUAGUUGAACAAUGUAAAUUAAAUACUGUACAACACAAAGAAUUGAUGAACUGCACAACUGCACAUCUGAAGUGUAAUUUGUCACAAACAACAUUAGGAGCUAACCAUUGCGACUUGUACAUAGAUCACAAUGAUGAAGAGGAACAGACAGCAGCAGAGGAAUCUGUAGUGGGAGAUGUUGCAACAGUUGUGGUCAAGAAUGAAGCCAGUUCUGACUCCACGUCGAGGGCUGAUAACUUGGGAAUGGCACAAAAAGAUCACUGUGUAUCUAAUGAGAAAUACAACAUAAGUAUCAAGUUAGAAAAGGAUCCACUGUCUGAAGCUGUGAGUGAAGCUCUUCAUAGAAGAGCAGUGACUUCCUGCACUUCAGUUGCAGGACAAGAAGUCAAGACAGAGAGUUACAUAAAGAGUGAAAGUGUUACCUUCGAAUGUAGACAUUGUUUUCAGGAGUUUGUGCAAGAAACUGCAUUCAAUGAUCAUAUGAGCGAGCAUCUCCAGGUCUCUGGCGACUGUCAAGUGUGCGAGCCUCGUGCAGCUGUGAGCCGCAGCUGUGACUCACUCAUGCUACAGAACAAAACAGCAAGUCAAGGGCUGAAUGUGGACCCUGCACCAUCUGCAGACGGCGCUCAGGCUUUAGAUCUGUCCGUGAGAUGUGCAGCAGCAGAUGCUAUCCAGGAAAGUGAACAAAUCCUUGAAACCAACAUUGGCAAACACAAAAGAACCCACACUGGUGAAAAGCUUACUUGUGAGAUAUGCAGUUAUAAAGCUGCAAGGAAACGUCAUUUAGUUGAUCACAUAAGAACCCACACUGGUGAAAAGCCUUAUUCUUGUGAGACAUGCAAUUAUAAAGCUGCAAAGAAAGAUCAUUUACUACGUCACUUAAGAACCCACACUGGUGAAAAACCUUAUUGUUGUGAUAGAUGCAAUUAUAAAUGUGCACAAAAAAGUGACUUACUAAUACACAAAAGAACACAUACAGGUGAAAAGCCUUAUUCUUGUGAGAUGUGCAGUUAUAAAUGUGCAUGUAAAAGUUCGUUACUAAAUCAUAAAAGAACCCACACUGGCGAAAAGCCUUAUUCUUGUGAUAUAUGUAAUUAUAAAGCUGCAAUGAAACGUCAUUUAGUAGAUCACAUAAGAAGCCACACUGGUGAUAAGCCUUAUUCUUGUGAGAUGUGCAAUUAUAAAGCUACAAAGAAACAUCAUUUAGUGCGUCACUUAAGAACCCACACUGGUGAAAAACCUUAUUGUUGUGAUAUAUGCAAUUAUAAAUGUACUCAAAAAAGUGAUUUAUUAAUACAUAAAAGGAUACAUACUGGUGAAAAGCCUUAUUCUUGUGAGAUGUGCAAUUAUAAAUGUACGUGUAAAAGUUUGUUAUUAAGACACAAAAGAACCCACACUGGUGGAAAGCCUUAGCGCUCGUAUACGAUGUCGCCACAGCACCCGCUGUGAAUGACAAAUGUGUUAUUUACAGAAAACAACAAUUUCAGGCUGGGGCCGGAAGAAGGAGGAACGGUUCAUGUUGCUGCGAUAAACUUUCAAGAAAAUGUUUAAAUAAAAUAAAUCAAAUAUUGGCCAUUAA